UCGGGCUCCGCGGGCGGGCGGGCGGACAUGGCGGCCAACAUGUACCGGGUCGGAGAUUAUGUUUACUUUGAGAAUUCCUCCAGCAACCCAUACCUAAUCAGAAGAAUAGAGGAACUCAACAAGACUGCAAGUGGCAACGUGGAAGCAAAAGUAGUAUGCUUUUAUAGACGACGUGAUAUCUCCAACACGCUUAUAAUGCUUGCCGAUAAGCAUGCUAAAGAAACUGAGGAAGAGACUGAGACGACAGUUGAGGCUGACCUGACUGAGAAGCAGAAGCACCAGUUGAAACAUAGGGAGCUCUUUCUGUCCCGCCAGUACGAGUCCCUGCCUGCAACACACAUCAGGGGGAAAUGCAGCGUGGCUCUGCUGAACGAGACAGAAUCAGUGUUGUCAUACCUUGAUAAAGAGGAUACCUUCUUUUACUCAUUGGUGUAUGAUCCUUCAGUGAAAACAUUAUUAGCAGACAAAGGUGAAAUCAGAGUGGGCCCAAAGUACCAAGCCGACAUUCCAGACAUGCUACCAGAAGGAGACUCAGAUGAGAGGGAACAGUCCAAACUGGAAGUUAAAGUUUGGGAUCCCAAUAGUCCACUUACGGACCGACAGAUUGACCAGUUUUUAGUUGUAGCCCGUGCUGUCGGGACGUUUGCCCGAGCCCUGGAUUGCAGCAGCUCCGUGAGGCAGCCCAGCUUGCAUAUGAGCGCCGCCGCAGCCUCCCGAGACAUCACCUUGUUUCAUGCCAUGGACACACUGUACAGACACGGCUAUGACCUGAGCAGUGCCAUCAGUGUGUUAGUGCCACUUGGAGGGCCGGUCCUGUGCAGAGAUGAGAUGGAGGAGUGGUCGGCCUCUGAAGCCAGCUUAUUCGAAGAAGCACUGGAAAAAUAUGGCAAAGAUUUCAAUGACAUCCGCCAGGACUUUCUCCCAUGGAAAUCCUUGACCAGCAUCAUUGAAUAUUAUUACAUGUGGAAAACUACUGACAGAUACGUGCAGCAGAAACGCCUAAAAGCAGCAGAAGCCGAGAGCAAGCUGAAGCAAGUUUAUAUCCCAACUUACAGCAAACCAAAUCCCAACCAAAUAUCCAGCAGCAAUGGCAAGUCUGGCACUGUGAAUGGAGCUGUGGGGACCCAGUUCCAGCCCCAGAGCGCCCUCCUUGGACGAGCCUGUGAGAGCUGCUAUGCCACACAGUCUCACCAGUGGUAUUCCUGGGGCCCACCUAAUAUGCAGUGCAGACUGUGUGCGACCUGCUGGCUGUACUGGAAGAAAUACGGAGGUCUGAAAAUGCCCACCCAGUCAGAUGAGGAGAAGUCUCCCAGCCCCACUGCAGAGGACCCACGCGUGAGAAGCCACCUGUCCCGACAGGCCAUGCAGGGCAUGCCGGUCCGGAACACUGGAAGCCCAAAGUCUGCAGUGAAGACUCGCCAAGCUUUCUUCCUUCAUACUACAUAUUUCACAAAAAUUGCUCGUCAGGUCUGCAAAAACACCCUGCGGCUGCGGCAGGCAGCAAGACGGCCAUUUGUUGCUAUUAAUUAUGCUGCCAUUAGGGCAGAAUGUAAGACGCUUUUCAAUUCUUAACCUUAUAUGUUCCGCUCCUCACCAUCCUCUCUUUCCCUCGCUCUCUCUUUUUGUUUGUUUGUUUGCAAUAAACAUAAGUUCUUAUGUA